GGACUAAACUGUCAAAAAAAACUGAUAAUUUAACUUCCUCGGUGAAAAAUAGUCCGACUGCAUAAAAGCAGUGCGCCUCCCACCAACGGUCUUUCCAGUCGCAUGCUGCAGUCGAGUACAGACCAUGUCUAGCGAGCCUGCUGAGUUCAACAGCUCAAGCGAAAGAGACCAUGGGGGGCCCGAUGGAAUGGAGCCCGAUGGCAUUAUCGAGAGCAAUUGGAACGAGAUUACGGACAACUUUGACGACAUGAACCUGAAGGAGACCCUCCUCAGGGGAAUAUAUGCGUAUGGUUUUGAGAAACCAUCUGCCAUUCAACAGAGGGCAAUCAUUCCCUGCAUCAAAGGCUUUGAUGUCAUUGCUCAAGCCCAGUCAGGCACUGGCAAGACGGCCACGUUUGCCAUCUCUAUCUUGCAGCAGCUGGACAUAGAGCAGAAGGAGACUCAGGCUCUGGUGUUGGCUCCCACCAGGGAGCUGGCUCAGCAGAUCCAGAAAGUAAUUCUGGCUCUGGGUGACUACAUGGGGGCAUCAUGCCAUGCCUGCAUUGGCGGGACCAAUCUCCGUAACGAAAUACAGAAGCUCCAGGCUGAGGCCCCUCACAUAGUGGUGGGCACACCAGGGCGCGUGUACGACAUGCUUAACAGGGGACAUCUGUCCCCAAAAUGGAUCAAGAUGUUUGUUUUGGAUGAAGCUGAUGAAAUGUUAAGUCGAGGCUUCAAAGACCAGAUCUAUGAGAUCUUUCAGAAACUGAGCACAAACAUUCAAGUGGUCCUGCUCUCUGCUACCAUGCCGGAAGAUGUGUUGGAGGUGACCAAGAAGUUCAUGCGAGAGCCCAUUCGCAUCUUGGUGAAGAAAGAAGAGCUUACCCUCGAGGGUAUCAAGCAAUUUUACAUAAAUGUGGAGCGAGAGGAAUGGAAGCUGGACACCCUGUGUGAUCUGUAUGAGACUCUCACCAUCACCCAGGCUGUCAUCUUCCUCAACACGAGGAGAAAAGUCGACUGGUUGACUGAGAAGAUGCAUGCCAGAGACUUCACAGUCUCCGCUUUGCAUGGCGAUAUGGACCAAAAGGAGCGUGAUGUCAUUAUGAGGGAGUUUAGGUCUGGCUCAAGCAGAGUGUUGAUCACAACUGAUCUUCUGGCUCGUGGGAUUGAUGUCCAGCAGGUUUCCCUGGUCAUUAACUAUGACCUUCCUACAAACCGAGAGAACUACAUUCAUAGAAUUGGUCGUGGUGGCCGUUUUGGCAGAAAAGGAGUUGCUAUCAACUUCGUCACUGAGGAAGACAAGAGGAUUCUUCGGGACAUCGAGACGUUUUACAAUACAGCUGUGGAGGAGAUGCCAAUGAAUGUGGCCGACCUGAUUUGAGCCCCGAUUUUGUUUGGCUUUUUUUUCCUUUAAAAGCAGUGAUAGCGAUCGUCCACUUGCAUUGUGCUUAUAUUAUACGAGGGGAAAAAACUUCUCAAUGCUAAACCUUGGAUCAGAAUUGUGGUUUUAACAGCGAGGUGACUUUGAUGGUGGUCCGUAGAUUCUAACCUUGACAGCUGGCUGGUUGGAGCUACAAAAAGCCAUGGGGUCUGAAAACAUUAAGGUUCUUAUCAGGUUUUUCUUUCCGUGUUCAAUUAAUAUGUGUGUAUUUGAUGUUCUCCACCAUUUAGUAACUUACUUGUGGACUAAAAGGUAUAAGUGCUGUAUACAGUCUGCUAAUUAUGUAAUUGUAACAUGCGUGCGGUGUAUUAUGCAUGAGGCACUCGUUAGGUUAUACUGUAGAUUCACUUGUGUUCUUAUCUUUUGGAAAUGUGUUAAUUCAUAUCCAACUUGCUCCAUCGGAAUUCCUCACUGUUUGACUAUAUUUUGCUGGUGUAUUAACCCCUAUAACAGUAUAUUGCUACCCUCCUUACGACUUUUCAGGUUUCCUCUGCCCUAGAAUUGUAUGGAAGUCUUAAUAAAGUGAAAUUGCUGUAAAAA